AUGUCACUGGUGCCAACGACAUAUCACGAUCUUGCGCGUGAACUCGAUCGUCCGCCGCUCUAUUAUCCGCCAUAUGAUUUUCAUUUGUAUCCCUACCUUUGGGAUGAUCCGCGUCUGUGGUGGCCCUCUACGAAUUCAUUGCUGAGACCGAUGGACGAGCUGGUUACACGUCGUGUACGCAAUCAAUCGAUUCAAUCGCAACUGCUGGACUGGGCCUAUCCCGUGCGCUGGGACAACUACUACAACGGUGAACGAGUCCAUAUCGAUGACAAGGGUUUCCGGGUCGAAAUAGAUGUGCGCCAAUUCAAACCCCAUGAAAUUGUGGUCAAAACCACCGACGACUAUGUCAUUGUGGAGGGUAAACAUUCGCGACGCAACGACGGCAAUGGCCUUGUGGAGCGCCAUUUCCUUCGCAAGUAUCUGUUGCCUCGCGGAUUCAAUGCCAACGAGGUGAUUUCGGACUUGUCCUCCGAUGGUAUAUUGAGCAUCAAGGCACCGCCUCCACCACCAGUGAAAUACUACAAGCCAGGUGAACGUUUGGUCAAGGUCCAUGAAACGGGCAAACUGGCUCUGCCAUGGAAAUAG